AUGGCUGCUCGUGGUCGUCGUGGUCAAGCUAAUCCGGUAGCAGCUCCAGAAGCACCGCCACAAGGAGACCCGCGAGAUAUCGAAAUGGAGGCCUUGAGGAGACAAGUACAGCAGCUCCAACAACGCCUAGAGCGUUACGAAGCUUCUGAACAUGGUGCAUCUCAUCAUGGAUCGGAUGUUGAAGUUUCUAGCAAUGAUGGAGACGAAGUUAAUCCUUUUCACCAUGCUCGUAGUCACGCCUCAAGUGACAGCACUCCACCUCACCCACGUAACCUCAGAAAUCAUGUUUUCCGAAGGGGUUGUGACGUCAAGGUGGACAUUCCAGAAUUUGAAGGAAGAAUGCAACCCGAUGAAUUCAUUGAUUGGCUCAACACCAUAGAGCGAAUCUUUGAUUACAAAGAUGUUCCAGAUCACAACAAAGUGAAGCUUGUUGCCAUCAAGCUACGAAAACAUGCUUCUAUUUGGUGGGAACACCUUAAGAGGCAGCGAGAACGUGAGAGAAAGAGUCGCAUUGUAACUUGGGUGAAGAUGAGGAAGGCUCUUAAGAAGAAGUAUUUACCAGAUCAUUAUAGGCAAGAUGCUUUUCUUAAAUUCCACAACUUUCGACAGAAUGAUCUCUCCGUGGAAGAAUACACAGCAGAGUUCGAUCAUUCUAUGAUGCGUUGUGACAUCGUAGAGCCCGAAGAACAAAUGGUUGCCCGCUAUCUUGGAGGGUUACGUCUUGAGAUCAGUAAUGUUGUACAACUGCAACCCUACGGGACUUACAAUGAUGUUUUCAAGCUAGCACUCAAGGUGGAGAAACAAUUGAAGGAGGGGCGUAGGAGCACCUAUCGGCCUUUCAAUCGUGAUGGAAGCACAAACCGGGGGAGUAGUUCUACUUCUAAGGCCAGUCCACCAACCAAGACAGCAGCUGUCAAACCACCUGCUAAGAAUGAAGCCCCAUCAGGUUCUAAUCAUUUCAAUACUUCUAAUUCAAGUAGAAAAUGCUUUAAAUGUCAUGGUUUUGGACAUAUUGCUUCUGAUUGUCCAAAUCGCAAGAUAAUCUCCCUUGUUGAGGAAGAAUUGGAAGAUAAUGCGGAGGAGCAAGUUGAGGAAGAAUCUGAGGAGGAGUUGACAUAUGCAGAUCAAGGAGAGUCUCUUGUCAUUCGUAGGCUCUUAAGAUCAACUUAUGCAGAAGAUGAUUGGCUUCGGAACAACAUUUUUCACACCAAAUGCACUUCCAAUGGCAAGGUGUGUGAUGUUAUCAUUGAUGGGGGAAGUUGUGAGAAUGUGGUGUCUACAACCAUGGUGGAGAAGCUGAAUCUGAAAACCGAAGCUCAUUCCCAUCCUUACAAACUUCAAUGGCUUCGAAAGGGCAAUGAUAUCCAGGUAACUAAGAAAUGCUUAGUUCAAUUCUCCAUUGGAAAAAAUUAUCAAGAUGAAGUUAUGUGUGAUGUUGUUCCUAUGGAUGCUUGUCACAUACUACUUGGUAGGCCCUGGCAGUAUGAUAGAAAAACUGUCCAUAAUGGUCUCAAAAACACCUAUUCUUUUGUAAAAGAUGGAGUUAAAGUGAUUUUGGCCCCAUUAAAAAUGGUAAUUACUCCUAAACCAUCUAAAGGGGAGGGUUGUAACUUACUAUCUGUAGGUGAAGUUGAGAAAACCUUAACUGAAUGUGGGAAGGGGUAUGUUCUUAUUGUAGUUGAAAAGAAAGACCCCAUUGAAAUUCCACUUAUGAUACAACCACUUCUUGAGGAAUUCCCUGAUGUUAUUCCCGAAGAACUUCCACCGGGCCUUCCACCUAUGAGGGGUAUACAACACCAUAUUGAUCUUAUUCCAGGUUCUGUCUUACCUAACAAAUCAGCCUAUAGGAUGAAUCCAAGGGAGCACGAAGAGUUGCAAAGGCAAGUUGAUGAGCUGAUCUCCAAAGGCCUUGUGCGAGAAAGCAUGAGUCCUUGCGCCGUUCCUGCACUUCUCGUACCAAAGAAGGAUGGCUCAUGGCGUAUGUGUAUCGAUAGCAGGGCUGUGAACAAAAUCACCAUCCGCUACCGUUUUCCCAUUCCACGGUUGGAUGAUCUCCUAGAUCAGCUUCAUGGAGCCACAAUCUUCUCAAACAUCGAUCUUCGCAGUGGAUAUCAUCAAAUUCGCAUGAGAGAUGGCGAUGAAUGGAAGACAGCGUUCAAAACGAGAGAUGGUCUUUAUGAAUGGAUGGUUAUGCCAUUCGGACUAUCUAAUGCUCCAAGUACUUUUAUGCGCCUUAUGAAUCAUAUUUUCAAACCAUUUAUGGGUCAAUUUGUUGUUGUUUACUUUGAUGACAUCUUAGUUUAUAGCAAGUCUCAAGAACAACAUAUGGAUCAUCUUCGUCAAGUUUUACAAACUCUGCGAGAGCAAAAGCUGUAUGUCAACUUGAAGAAGUGUCAUUUCUGCACCAAUAGUCUUUUGUUCUUAGGCUAUGUUGUUUGCAAAGAAGGAAUCAUGAUGGAUCCAAGCAAGAUAGAGGCAAUCACCAGCUGGCCUACUCCCAAGUCCCUCCAUGAUAUAAGAAGCUUUCAUGGACUUGCAUCAUUCUAUCGACGGUUCAUCAGAGGAUUCAGCACCGUCAUUGCACCUAUCACGGAAUGCCUUAAGGGAGGAACAUUCAAGUGGACGGAGGAAGCCCAGAAGAGCUUUGAAAUUCUCAAACAGAAAGUAACGGGGGCCCCGAUCCUUACACUUCCAGAUUUCUCCAAGGUGUUCGAAAUUGAUUGCGAUGCCUCUAAUUUGGGGAUUGGUGGUGUUCUCAGUCAAGAAGGUAAGCCCAUUGCCAUUUUUAGUGAAAAGCUCAAUGAAUCUCGGAAGAAGUAUUCAACCUAUGACAAAGAAUUCUAUGCUCUUGUUCGAACCUUGGAGCAUUGGAGUCAUUAUCUACUCCAUAAAGAGUUUAUACUUCAUUCUGAUCAUGAAGCUUUAAAGUAUUUGAGCAGCCAGCAAAAACUCAGCAAGCGACAUGCAAAGUGGAGUGAAUUCUUGCAAGCUUAUUCAUUCUCCAUCAAGCACAAGUCAGGUAAACUCAAUCAAGUUGCUGACGCCCUAAGUCGAAGACACUCUUUACUUAACACUAUGCAAGUGCAGGUUUUGGGUUUUGAAGUUGUCAAAGAACUUUACAAGGAUGAUCCUGAUUUUGGCAAUGUAUGGAAGGAAUGUUCUAAUGGUCCUAACAACCAUUUCUUGUUACAAGAUGGUUUUCUUUUCAAAGACAAUCACUUGUGCAUUCCUCAAUGUUCGCUGAGGGAAGCCAUUAUCAAAGAAGCCCAUGGAGGAAGCCUUGCUGGUCAUUUUGGAAGGGAUAAAACUUUAACUCUUGUGCAGGAACAUUUCGUUUGGCCCAAAAUGGUGCAAGAUGUUGCUCGACACGUGAAGCAAUGCCAAAUUUGCCACCGCGCAAAAAGUCGUAAACAAAACACUGGGCUAUACAUUCCAUUACUUGUUCCUAAUGCCCCAUGGGAGGAUGUUAGUAUUGAUUUUGUUGUAGGUUUACCAAGAACCCAAAGGAACAAAGACUCUAUUAUGGUGGUGGUUGAUCGAUUCUCAAAGAUGGCUCAUUUUGUUCCUUGCAACAAAACUCUUGAUGCAUCUCAUGUUGCUGACCUGUACUUCAGAGAAAUAGUCAAGCUUCAUGGCAUUCCUAAGACGAUCACCUCUGAUCGUGAUUCCAAAUUCGUCGGGCAUUUUUGGCGUACUCUUUGGCGAAGGCUUGGUACUAUCCUUCAAUUCAGCUCUGCUUAUCAUCCCCAGACAGAUGGCCAAACUGAAGUUGUUAAUCGGAGUUUGGGGAAUCUCUUGAGAAGCUUUGUAGGGAAGAACAUCCGUCAAUGGGAUCUCCUCCUAGCUCAAGCUGAAUUUACUUAUAAUAGGUCUACAAGCCAAACCACUGGUUGUAGCCCAUUUGAGGCUGUCUAUGGUCUUAAACCCAUUACCCCUCUUGAUUUGGCUCCACUUCCUACUAAUACUCAAUUUAGUGGAGAUGCUGAUGAACGAACGAAGGAGAUCAAGAAAUUACAUGAACAGAUUCGAGCUCAUAUUGAGAAGCAAAAUGAGAAGUACCGCAAGCAAGCAAAUAAACAUAGGAAGCCUGCAACUUUCCAGGAAGGAGAUCUGGUGUGGAUUCACCUUCGAAAGGAGCGUUUUCCCAUGAAGCGUCGAUCUAAACUUUUGCCUCGAGCUGAUGGUCCAUUUAGGGUACUUCAACGCAUUGGAGAAAAUGCUUACAAGAUUGAACUCCCUGAAGAUUUUGGAGUAUCUGCAACCUUCAAUGUGAGUGACUUAUCUCCAUAUGAAGAAAAUGAAGAAAUCGUGAACUUGAGGGCAAGUCCUCAUCAAUCGGGGGAACCUGACAUGGUUUCAAGUCUGAUUAAGAGGGAAUAUGGUUGCUGGAAUGAGGAACUUAUUGAUGAUGUUUUUGAAGAGACAGAAGCAAAUGAUAAUGGAGUUUGGAAGGCUAUUUGGAAGCUGGGGGUCCCUGGGCCAGUGAAGAUGUUUAUUUGGCGUGCAUGCCAUAAUCUGUUGCCUACCCGAGUAAAUUUAGUAAAAAGGAAGGUAAUUGAUAAUGCUCUUUGUCCUUGUUGUGAUAGGGAGGAGGAGACUGUGCUUCAUGUGCUCUGGCUUUGUCCUGCUGCCCAGGAUGUUUGGGGUGGGUGCAAGUCCAGCUUCCAGAAGUGUAGAAGUGAAGCUACUACUUUUGUUGAACUGUUCGCAGAGAGUGUAUUGCGUUUUGAUCCAGACACUUUGGACUUGAUGGUGGUCAUUGCUCGAAAAAUCUGGCUCAGACGAAACUCUUUGGUUUUUGAAGGUAUUUUUCGGCAUCCAAAUGAAGUUCUAGCUGAUGCAAUGGUCUCUUUGGAGGAAUUCAAGAAAUGUAAUAGUCAGGAAGUUCAGUUAGAACCAGCCCCUGCUAGUUCCAUAGUGUCUCCAAAACUGCAGCUGUGGCAACCUCCCCUGAUAGGAAUAGUUAAAGUCAAUUGGGAUGCGGUGAUUGUUUCUAAGGAAGGCUGUCUGGGCUUGGGGAUAGUUGCUCGGGAUUUUCAGGGUUAUUUUUUGGGAGCAAAAUGUGUGGUGAAGCGUGUGGUUGUUGAUCCUAAAACGGCAGAGGCAAUGGCUGCUCUUUGGGCAGUUCAAUUUUGUAAGGAAGUAGGUUUUUUUGAAGUUUUGUUUGAAGGUGAUGUUGCACAGGUUGUUGCGGACAUUAAGUCAAAUCGUCCCCAAUUUUCUAAAAGUGGCCUUUUUGUGGAAAGCAUUCGUUCAGAGAUUCAGUUCCUAAGGUAUGCAGAUUUUGUGUAUGUUCAUAGAGAAGCUAACAUGGCGGCCAAUGUCAUGGCAAAACAAGCUUUGUUCGGUAAGGAGGAUAGGUGCUGGCUUGAAGAUAUUCCUUUGUGUAUUUCUCAUAGAGAAAUGCUAAACAUCCAAACAUAUUGUUUGUAG